UGUUUCGGGUUCCCUGGGGGCCGGGGAAGGGUCUGGCGCAUCACCGGUUGCUGACAUUCUGCGUCUCCGUGCGUCUGUGCCUGUGUGUGCCCGCAGAGCAUCCCUCUCUCCUGGAAGAAUGGUGAAACUGGGGAACAAUUUCAGCGAGAAGAGCACAAAGCAGCCCCUUCUGGAGGAUGGGUUCGACACCAUCCCCCUGAUCACACCCCUGGAUGUCAAUCAGCUCCAGUUCCCACCUCCUGACAAGGUGGUGGUCAAAACGAAAACAGAAUAUGAACCUGAUCGCAAGAAGGGAAAGUUCCGUACUCCUAAAAUAGCUGAAUUCACAAUCAGCAUCACUGAAGGGGUUUCAGAAAGAUUUAAGGUAACUGUGCUGGUCCUUUUCGCUCUUGCGUUCCUAACGUGUGUUGUAUUUCUGGUAGUCUACAAGGUUUACAAGUAUGAUCAUACCUGUCCAGAAGGAUUUGUUUUCAAGAAUAAUCAAUGCAUUCCAGCUGGGUUGGAAAACUACUACUCUGAACAAGACUCCAGCGCUCGAGGGAAGUUUUACACGGUCAUAAACCACUACAAUCUGGCCAAGCAAACCAUCACGCGCUCCGUGUCCCCGUGGAUGACAGUACUGUCAGAAGAGAAACUGUCUGAACAGGAGACUGAAGCUGCUGAGAAGUCAGCUUAGUAUGAUAAGUCAAUUAUUAACACGAUGUCAUUUGAAGGUAACUAAGGGACUUUAAGGAACUUUUCAUUAAAUAUAAUUACGGAUAAUUUAGAGGUUACUCAUGUUUAUGGUGCAAUUGCUUCUGUUUGCUGAUACUGCUUUGCAAAAAAAAACACCAAACCAAACCACAAAACAAAAAACUCAAAAUCUUGCUGCAGAACAUUCAUGGGCACAAGACAAGGUGCAUAUCAGCAUUGCUUUAGAGCUUGGACACCAUUUGCAAUGUUUAAAAAAAAAAUUCCAAUGUUAGAUAUGUUCUUGCAGUUUAUUGGAUACUUCGCUGGAUUUUCAGGGCUUGGACCUUGGAUAAAUCAUGCGUUCUGUUGUCUGAACUGAUACUUUAUUUAUUAAUUUUUUUAUUCUUUGUCAUUUUGCAAACUGAAACACCCCAGCCAUAACUAGAGUGAUCUCUUGUUUAGCUGAAAGCUGUAUUUAAUAUUUAGUUUUGGCUCAAGCAAGAAUGAGAGUCAGCACUGGGGUCAAGAGCAUAACGUAAUGACUUGUAUGGGAAAGAAACUGGCAGGUAGUGUUUUUCUUACGUUUUCUUUACUGUUGUUUAUUUGUAAGUGAUAAUGAAGUUCUCUGCAAC